AUGGAAACGCAACAAUUAAGAACCAUGCUUUCGAUUGAAAAAUCUGAUUUCUCUCAAAUACCAAUGAAAUCUCAUCCCAAACGGCGACAAAUUUCGGAUUAUUUACAUAAAUUAACCGAUGAUGAACGAGUGUCAGAUGAUAUUUUUGCAUUAGCAAUGAAUCUGUUCGAUCGUUUCAUUGCGAAAAGAACUUCUUUUCAAUCUGACGAUCGCUCAUUGAAACGAAUCGCUUUAUGCUGUUACCAUAUAUCUAAAAAACUACGCACAAAUAUUGUCAACAAUAAAGAAAAUGAUCAACUUUCUUCGGUAUUUUCGAAAGAGAAUUAUGAUGACGAAGAAAUCUUCGAUACCGAGAAAAUGAUUUGCAACGUAUUAGAUUGGGAUUUAGCGGCUGUUGUUCCACAUGAUUACAUUCAACAUUUCUUACCAUUUGAAAAUCAAAUACAGAUCCGUUCGCAUGUUCACAUUCUUCUCUCGAUUGCAAUCUGCGAACUGAAUACAUUAACAAUUCUUCCGAGCCUUCUAACUUGUGCAUGUAUUAAAGCAGCGAUGAAUGGUCUUUCACUAAAAAAUUUUCAUCAUAUCGAUGAAUUUAUCUUUCAAACGAUCGGUUGUAAGAAGAUCGAGCUUCUACAAACUCAAUGUAUGAUUGAAGAUUUUCUCCAAUCGUGUAUACAAACUCUGAAACAAACCCCGCGACGUCGCUGUUUAGCACCGAUUGAAACCAGUCCUCAACAACGAACCAGAGUGAAAUGA